GAAACCAGAACGUCAAUGGUGGGCAUGGAACAAGGCACAAGAAAAGGUCCAUGGACGGAGCAGGAAGACCUGCAACUAGUCUGCUAUGUGAGCUUAUUCGGUCAUCGACGUUGGGAUUUCAUAGCCAAAAUCUCAGGCCUUAAGAGAACUGGGAAGAGUUGCAGGUUACGUUGGGUUAAUUACCUUCACCCUGGCCUCAAACAUGGCCGUAUGACACCGGAAGAAGAGCACUUAAUACUGGAACUCCAUUCUAAAUGGGGGAACAAGUGGUCUCAGAUUGCUGGAAGGUUACCAGGUCGCACUGACAAUGAGAUCAAAAACUACUGGAGAACACAUAUGAGAAAAAUGGCGCAAGAAAGGAAAAAGAAUUUGCUUUCUUCUUCUUCUUCUUCAUCUUCAUCGGCUUCUCUCUCCAUUGAAACAAGUACUGAUAGAAUGGAGAAUCAAGAAGAAGUAAGCUUUCUUUUGACAAUGGUUGAAGAAAAAGAACAGGAGGUGGAGGUGAAGGUGAAGGGUUACCCCAUGGAUCAGCUAUGGAAUGAGAUUGUUAACUCUGAUUCGAAUACUGGUUUGAGUUUUAAACAGUACAAAGCAAUGGAGUUCUCUCCUCUUUGGGAGUACUGUGUUGAGUCUGUCUGGAAGGUAGAUGACAAUGAUCAGCCCAAUAUAAUUCCUUGUGUUAGUGAUCUUUUGGUCUCCAACUUUCAGAAUGGAAUAGUCUUAGAAUCAACAAACAAAUAG